ACAAUGUUUAUAGCCCAAUUGGUGUGCUAUUGGUGUUAGAAGAAACCAUUACACCAGCUCUAUAUACCCUAUAAUGUCAUUUACACCUUCGUAGUCCGGGCGGUCAGGUGCUGCUCGUAGCAGAUCGGCAGGAAAGCCCCGAUGAUGGGAAUUUUUUGCAUGGUGUAAAAGUUAAACUUUCGUUCCCAAAAAAAUUUUGACCGCAUUUUUUUCUUCUCUCCAGGGAGAAUGACAAUUUAUUUUUCUCGAUUUAAACUUCUUCUUUUCCUUCUUUUAGUUUCAACAUCAGUUGUUUAGUUACGUUCCUUCUCCAAUCAGUCGUUGGGUUGUCAAAUUAAUAAACAUAACUAGUAACAAAUAUUCAUCAAUCAUGUUGACUUCUGUUCGCAACCAAUUGGGUAGAAGUGCAGCCAUCAAGAGAUCUGUUUUAUCCACAUCUGUUAGAGCAUUGUCUUGUUCUACCGUCAGAUCUGCUGUCGUCGGUUCCAAUGUCAAGGGUCAAGACUUCAAUGCUUCCAAAUACAUGGGUCAAAAGUACCACAUUGUUGAUCACGAGUACGACUGUUUAGUUGUUGGUGCUGGUGGUGCUGGGUUGAGAGCUGCUUUCGGGUUAGCUUCUGAAGGGUACAAGACUGCUUGUAUUUCCAAAUUAUUCCCAACCAGAUCCCAUACUGUCGCUGCUCAAGGUGGUAUCAAUGCUGCUUUGGGUAACAUGCAUCCAGAUGACUGGCACUGGCAUUUCUACGAUACCGUCAAGGGUUCCGAUUGGUUAGGUGAUCAAGAUGCCAUCCACUACAUGACCAAGGAAGCUCCAAAGUCCAUUUAUGAAUUAGAACACUAUGGUGUUCCAUUCUCUAGAAAUGAAGAAGGUAGAAUCUACCAACGUGCAUUUGGUGGUCAAUCCAAAGAAUACGGUAAAGGUGGUCAAGCUUACAGAACCUGUGCUGUUGCUGAUAGAACUGGUCACGCUUUAUUGCACUCCCUUUACGGUCAAUCAUUAAGACAUGACACCCAUUUCUUUAUUGAAUUCUUCGCCAUGGAUUUGAUGAUGCAAGAUGGUGCUUGUAUCGGUGCUAUUGCUUACAACCAAGAAGAUGGUACCUUGCAUCGUUUCUUUGCCAACAGAACUGUCAUGGCCACUGGUGGUUAUGGUAGAGCUUAUUUCUCAUGUACCUCUGCCCACACUUGUACCGGUGAUGGUUACGCCAUGGUCGCUAGAGCUGGUUUGCCAUUGGAAGAUAUGGAAUUCGUGCAAUUCCAUCCUUCUGGUAUUUACGGUUCCGGUUGUCUUAUCACCGAAGGUGCUAGAGGUGAAGGUGGUUUCUUACUUAACUCUGAAGGUGAAAGAUUUAUGGAAAGAUAUGCUCCAUCAGCCAAGGAUUUAGCUUCUAGAGAUGUUGUUUCCAGAGCCAUUACUAUGGAAAUUAACGAAGGUAGAGGUGUUGGUCCAGACAAGGAUCACAUGUACUUACAAUUGAGUCACAUCCCAGCUGCUAUAUUAAAGGAAAGAUUACCAGGUAUUUCUGAAACUGCCCAUAUUUUCGCUGGUGUUGAUGUUACCAAGGAACCAAUUCCAAUUUUACCAACUGUCCAUUACAAUAUGGGUGGUAUUCCAACCAACUGGAAGGGUGAAGUUCUUAAACAAGGUAAGGACGGUAAGGAUGAAAUUGUCCCAGGUUUGUUGGCUUGUGGUGAAGUUGCUUGUGCUUCUGUCCAUGGUGCUAAUAGAUUAGGUGCCAACUCCUUGUUAGAUUUAGUUGUUUUCGGUCGUGCUGUUUCUCACACCAUUAGAGAUACCUUGAAACCAGGUGCCCCAAUCAAGACUCACGAAAAGGAUAUCGGUCAUGACUCUAUUGCCAACUUGGACAAAUUAAGAAAUGCCAACGGUACCAAGAACACUGCUGAUAUUAGAUUAGACAUGCAAAAGACUAUGCAAAAGGGAUGUGCUGUUUUCAGAACUCAAGAAACCUUGGACAAGUGUGCCAAGUUGAUUGGUGAAAUUGAUCAAAGUUUUGCUGAUGUCAAGACCACCGACCGUUCUAUGAUUUGGAACUCUGAUUUAGUUGAAACCCUUGAAUUACAAAACUUGUUAACUUGUGCUGCUCAAACCGUUAAUUCUGCCGCUGCUAGAAAGGAAUCUAGAGGUGCCCACGCCAGAGAUGAUUUCCCAGACAGAGACGAUGUCAACUGGAGAAAGCACAGUUUGUCAUACCAAGACAAGUCCGGGGACAAGGUUCGUUUAGCAUACCGUGAUGUCAUUGCUCAUACUUUGGAUGAAUCUGACUGUAAACCAGUUCCUCCAGCCAAGCGUGUCUAUUAAGGAAUUUUAAAGACUGUAUUUAUGAGGGGGAUUGAGCAAAACUUUAUCCUCUGUUUAUUUAUAUGCCAUUUUUUAUUUAUUUUAAAACCUUACUUUUUUGAAUUACGUUUAUAGUAUCAGAAAAAUAUAUUUAUCUUGUCAUUUAAUAAAUAUGACGAUCAUGUGUU